UUUAAAACAGGAGGCUUUGUAUCGUGACCCGGCGCCAAACACCGUGUAGUUCUGAAAAAGCAGCCUCCCUAGGUUGCCGGCCGUGGAGAAUUCCAUUGCCCUGAAAAGAGUCGCCCAAUUACUGGCCAUAAUGUUGCCCCCGGCACCUCUUGCUACCCCCUGUUGCUAUUUUCUACACGAAAAAUAGGCGCACUUACUAGUUUUUGAGUUGAGGUUGUUUGUGAAAAUCGAUGAGGCAUUUUCCUUCAUGUUGUACAAUGCACAAGCGACUCGCGUGGUUCGAUAGAACGUAUGAUUUGCUGCCGCGGGUAACCACCCAUUGUAAGCAAGCGCCAUCGUUCUAGCGUCUAGUCGACUCAAAAAGGCUUGGGUAUGCCGGUUCUGCGCUGCCCCGCGCGCACGAACGCGCUUUGGAUUUCUCGAGUGCUGGCGAUCCUUGCGCUCCGGGACGACGCUACUGUCCGUGCCUACUCGUCUCGAACGGAUCGCGGGUCAACGAAAAGCACGCUCCGUGGCCGCCGCAAUGCCGCAGCAGUACGCCCGCCGGCCCGCCGCAUCGGCCCGACGCCGCACUUUGCUGCGAACAAGAAAAGUUUUUUGCAGGACCGGAUCGUGCACAAGCCUUCGACCACGCGACACAGUUCUUUUUUGCGAAAGGAAAUGCGCAAUAAAGCUGCAACAUGCAGCGACACGGGUGCUUGUCGCGAGAAGCGCGACACCUUGUGGAUGUAUUCGCACGGCGUUUGCGAAUCCCUGCACCAAGAGGAGGCCGGAUCACGGUGCGAGCAAGCAGAGCGCGCCAACGGUCGCAUGAAAUACCUUCCCCACGACGUCUUUAUACCCUACUUCUCCAUGGGACGAGUUUGCAAGGAAACGGAGAGCGACACGUGCGCACCCGCGUGGAUCCAGAACACAAGCGGACUCCCGCAGAGCAAGAAAAAGUUCGAUCAAGCUUCCGUCAGCAAGAUCAAUCAGAUGUUUGACGCACUGACGCAGCACUGCGCCGCAAAUGAAAGUGGGCACCAGAGCCAGGAGUACCGGGAUUACGAGCUAAGGGCCGUUCGUGCGGGUUGUCAAGAGAGUGGCCUCCAUUCGACCACAACUACAACAACAACUGCGAGAAACUGUGUCGGCGAAUGGAGCGCGACCCUGGAUGAACUGCGGACCUCGUGUACUGGAAAUGGGGAGAGGUUGACUCGAACCUACACGCAAACGGUAGUCGCCACGUGGAACGGGCUACACUGCGAUUUUGACGACGGCCACACCGAAUCCAUCACGUGUCCGCUGCAUCGUUGCAAGUGCGCGCACGGCCAGCCGGAGACCGGGGGCGGCUGCAGCGCAGACGGCAACACGCAUGGCUGCGAGGAGGAUAAGUGCCAUUCCGGCUACCACUCCACGAGCUCCGCUGCGUUGCCCAAUAAGUUCACCUGUGCGGUAAACGAGUGCACGUGCCCGCAGGGAACAAGCGCAACGGGACCGGACUGUGCGCCAGAUGGCACCACGGUUGGCUGCCAGACUUGUGCGACCGCCGGAUACCACCUAUCGGCUGCUCACGACGGAGGCCUCGACGAAUGCAUUCUUGCGCGCUGCCGCUGCCCGCACGGCGUGCCAGCAGAGGGGGUCGGCUGUGAUAUCGAUGAAACGGUGGAAAAGUGCACCGCGUGCAGCGCUCGUGGAUAUCAUUUGUCCGACGCCUUUAGGUGCGAGCAGAACAUGUGUACGUGCUACAACGGAACCCCUGCGACGGGAGCGGCGUGCGAAGCGGAUGGCACCGAAAUGUGCCAUAGUUGCGACACUGGAUAUAGGAAGGGCGAAGAUGGGAAGUGCGGAUGGGACAACACUUGCACUUGCGUGAACGGAGUUCCGGUUCCGGGCGCGACCGGGACGUGCGAAGUUAACGGCGUUCGAAUUUGCAGUGGCUGCGAGAUCGGAUAUCACAAAGAUGAGCACGGUGCUUGUGUGGAGAAUGUCUGUGCGUGCGAGCCUGGCACACCGUUGACAGGUGCGCGGUGCGUAUUUGAUGGUGUGUCACGCGGUUGCACCGCCUGUGGCGCAGGGUAUACUCUAGUUGGCACGACCUGCCAAGCCACGACUGCUAGCAGCACCACGACGACCAAGAGUGGCACCGAUGUGGUUUCGAAUGAUGAAAGUAGCAGCAAAAUCCCGGGCGAAGCAGCUACGCGUAAAUGUUUUUUUUCUUCCGAACAAAGAAGUGCAUCAUAUUUAUACACACAUGCAUCCAAAAAUAGUGUCCGGGGUGAAAGGGAUUUCUGAGUAGAAGUCCUGCUCGUGGCACAGAUAACGCGUCGCUGGGACGCUGUAACAAGACAUUGUUUCCUUCCUGCUACGUGAUUGCUAGUCAGGCAAUCUCAACACUGAUCGUUCGACUGUAUCAGCUACAGAAAAUUGACAAAUUUUUCAUCUUUGUACACACUACAGACGGCACGGAGCAAGGCACCGGAAACAGCGCAAAUAAUGCAGCUAGUGCUUCACCUGCCACGACAAAUAGAAGUUUGGAGAGCACUCCCACGCAAAGAGCUCUGCGGGAGGCACACAACAGUUCCCCCGUCCCAGGGACCGACAUUCUUGGCGCGUCGGGAGGUGAGGAAACCGUAGGUGAGAAGGAUGCAACGUCCGGGUCAGGCAAUAAUGCUUCGGCGCUGCUCACCGCCGCCUUCAUAUUCGGUUUCAUGCUGGCGGUAGCCGGGUGCGCAGUCAUGUUUUGUGUAGGUCGGUGCAAGCGCAGCAACGGUGAGGAGGACGACGAGCUUGUUGUUCCGCCAAAGGUCGUUCCCACCACGACCCCGCCGCCGAACCCACCAGCGACAUCCCCACUGGGGCGGCCCCGACGGUCGUUCUUUCUGCCGGGAUCGCAGUUGGGCGGCGCCGGUGAUCGCUCCUCGCAGGUCGGUGGUGCCGCAGCGGCCGUUCCAGCGCAACAAGAGUCCACGUCCUCGCGCGCGGGACCCGGCAAGACGAGUAAGGCGGCGCAAAUCGAGCCGGAGGGAGCUUCGUCGAAGAAGAAGUUUGGGAUGAACAAGGAGGAAAUAUUGAAGCCGGCUAAGGAACAAGAAAUGAAGCUGCCGAAGGAGGAAGUCAAGCCACCGAAGGAGGAAAAGUCGCUGCGAGAGGAGAAAAGUAAGGAGAAAAAAGAGCAGCAACAGCUCAAGAAGGACGCCUCAAUUGUCGCGGAGUCCGCGGGAAAAAAAGCGGCAGUCGCGUCGUUGCGCGCGGAUUCCGGCGGCGGGGCAAGCGACGGCGACCUGGCGGCGUUCGGAGAUUUGGUGUCUGCAACACUAGCCAAGCAGACUUCGCCUUCUGGGAAGCAGCAAGACGGGUCGGCCGACUCUGUCACGACUUAUCCCAGUCACGACUCGACAGACAACCCAAAAAGUAAAGUCACCAGCUCGGGCGAUGUCAAGGUGACGCUCUCAAAAUCUACCAACGGAGGAAUCUUCAGUUUCGGUUGACAACGAAUAGUUUCUGUUUUCCCCAAGAGUUUGUUUUCCUUCCGGGCGGAUGCGAUUCGCAAGAAGCAUUUCUGUGCAAAGCUUCUUGUCCGUAUGUAUCAUUUUCUUUCUGUACGAUCCUGGACUACAGCAUCAAAUAUUAUUCCCAAUCAGUUGCAGACAAGGAUUUGAAUCAACACCCGGUGUGGUGAUUUUAAGCUUGUCGAUCAGGAGCUAUUGCUCAGUCUUGAAACGUGAUUCCCCUUCCGCAGAUUUUUCGAAAGGAAAACUCGACGCUCCUAGUACUUUGUCUUCUCAGGAGUAU